GGGGCUGUGGAGCCACAACUUUGACAAGUGCGGCGGCUUCAUGUAAUCACCUCUCAUAAAUGGAAUAAAGAGGACGAUGGAGUUCUCCUGGGGGAAUAUCUUCUUCACUGUGAUAGUCAUAACUGACAGAUUCCUGCAUUCACAGUCCUUCAAUGUCGGCACUGCAGGUGCAAAGAUUUUCAGCGGACCAGCUACAGAAGAGUUUGGCUACACGAUACAACAAGCGACAAACCAUGAAGGCAAAUGGCUCCUGGUCAGCGCUCCAUGGAGUGGUUACAGUCAAAACAGGAAGGGGGAUAUUUACAAGUGUCCGGUCUCAGGUUCCAGAAACAGCUGUGACAAACUCAAUCUUCAAGAUUCUGUCAGUAUUCCAGAUGUUAAAAAUGUCAACGGCAACAUGAGUCUGGGUUUGACUCUCACCAGGAUGCCCUCAGCAAUGAUGUGUGGUCCUCUUUGGGGACAGCAGUGUGGCAAUCAGGACUUCUACCCCGGAAUAUGUGCAAACCUGAGCCCCCUGUUUCGGCCUCAACCUGCCUUCUCUCCUGCUGUGCAGAAAUGUGGAGGGCCUAUGGACAUUGUGAUUGUUCUGGAUGGCUCCAACAGCAUUUAUCCGUGGGGUCCUAUGAACAUAUUCCUCCAGAAACUGAUACCUUCGCUGGACAUAGGACCCCAAAACACACAGGUCAGCGUCAUUCAGUAUGGUGUUGAUAACCAGGUUGAAUUCUACCUGAAUCAGUAUACAACCAAAGAAGAGUUAAUGGCUGCAGCAUCAAGAAUUACACAGAAGUUUGGCUCAUCUACAAAUACCUUCCAGGCCAUCCGAUUUGCCAGUCAGUGGGGAUUCCAUCAAAGUAGGGGUGGUCGGCCCAAUGCUGCUAAGGUGAUGGUGGUCGUCACUGACGGGGAGUCUCACGACAAGGCCUUCAGAGAUGAUGUCAUCGCAGAGUGUGAGAAAAAUGGCAUCACCCGCUUUGGUAUCGCUGUCCUGGGUUAUUACAUCAGAAACCAAAUCGACACAGAAAACCUGAUAAAAGAAAUUCAGUCCAUCGCCAGUAAACCAUCAGCACAGUACUUCUUCAAUGUGUCAGAGGAAGCCGCGCUCUCCACUAUCGCUGGAACACUUGGGAACCGCAUCUUCAACAUAGAAGGCACUGGAAAAGGGGGCGACAACUUCCAAAUGGAGAUGUCCCAGGUGGGAUUCAGCGCACACUACUCCAGCAGACAGAAUGUGAUGAUGUUGGGAGCAGUGGGAGCCUAUGCUUGGAGUGGUACUGUCGUUCAUCAAAAAGGGUCAAAUGUAGACAUUUUACCUUUCUCAGCCUUCGAGGGAAUACUUCAAGACAGAAACCACAGCUCAUUACUGGGUUAUUCUGUCUCCACAUUGAGCGAUGGGUCUACAGAGUACUUUGUGGCUGGUGCACCUCGCUCCAACCACUCUGGACAAGUUAUCGUCUACACCCUCAACUCACAGAAACAGUCUGCUAUCAUAGAUUCAGAAAGAGGAAAACAGAUUGGAUCAUACUUUGGAAGCGUCCUGUGCUCCCUGGAUGUGGACAAAGACGGGGUGACGGACCUGCUGCUGGUUGGUGCCCCUAUGUUCAUGAGUGAGCUGAAGAGAGAACAAGGCAGGGUCUACCUCUUCUCUGUCACCAAGGGUAUCCUGAACGAGCAGGGAUUCCUAAAUGGUCCACCCCAAACUGAGAACGCCCGGUUUGGGAUGGCAAUCUCUGCGGUACCUGACCUGGACCUCGACGGUUUCAAUGAUGUUGUGGUUGGAGCCCCAUUAGAAGACAAAGGAAAGGGUGUCAUCUACAUCUACAAUGGGGAUAAAAAGACAUUAAACAAGCAGUUUUCACAGAGAAUAACUGGUUCCAAACUGGAUCCACAGUUGCGGUAUUUUGGAAGGUCCUUAGAUAGCUACAAAGAUCUGAAUGAUGACACACUCCCUGACAUCUCUGUGGGGGCAUAUGGCAAAGUGGUGCAGCUGUGGUCCAGAGGUGUUGCGUCUGUAACGGCAAGAGCUUCUUUCACACCCAAUAAAAUCAACAUUUUCUCCAAACCCUGUGACAUCAAUGGACGCAAGGUGUCAUGUUUCAACACCAACCUGUGUUUCAGUGCUGCAUUCAGGCCUAAGAAACCGGUUGGGCCCAUUGAUAUUUCCUACACUUUGACCCUGGACGCUGACUUGCAGGUCCGAGUGACAUCAAGAGGACUGUUCACCAAAAACAAUGAACGCUACUUCACAGAAAAGGCAAAGAUAUCAUCUAAGCCCCUGUGUCUAGACUACCAAGUGUAUGUUCAGGACCCACCGGACUUUGUCAACUCGCUCAGUCUGAAGGUGGAAAUCGAGCAGCAGAACGCAGAUGUCAACCCUGUCCUUGAUUUGUUUUCGCCAAGUGCCUGGGAGUUCUUUAUGCCUUUCACAAAAGACUGUGGCUCUGAUGAAGUGUGUAUAAGUGAUCUGGUGCUGAGUGUGAAGACAGACACAAAGGGGACGAGCUCAGCUCCGGUUCUGGUCACCGCUAAUAUCCAAGAACUGUCGUUUGAAGUUGUUGUUAAGAACAAAAAGGAGAACGCGUACAACACUCAGGUCUGGGCCACGUUCUCCAACAAUCUCUACUACUCGUCCGUCUCUCCUUCUGUGGAUGGCAUCAAAUGCACUUCAACGCAAUCACAAACGGUUUCCUGCCAAGUGGGAUACCCAGCAUUAAAAAAAGACCAGCAAAUGAAAUUUCAGUUGAAUUUUGAAUACAGUUUAGAUCAGCUGCAAAAGAGAGCCGAGGUGAAAUUUGAGGCCAAAAGUGAUGGUAAAGAGGAAACCCCUGCAGACAACAAAGUGGAUAUAUCCAUUCCAGUUCAAUAUGCUGCAGGGGUUGUUCUGUCAAGGGAGACAAAUAUUAAUUUCUACGUGGCAGAUGCUUCCAUUCCUGUGGUGACAACGGUGAAAACUUUAGAUGACAUCGGCCCUGAGUUCAACUUUACAGUGAAGGUUUCUACAGGUGCCUUCCCUGUCAACCUCCUGUAUCUGACCAUCGCUCUGCCAACGACUACUAAAGGUGGAAAUCCACUCCUCUAUGUUACCAUCGUGGACGCGGGAGAUUCAGUCAGCUGUGACUCAAGCAGCCUGGUUGAUCCUCUGAAGAUCGGUGUGAAGCCCCACAAAGCAUCCUUCUCUGAGGAGAACCUCAAAGGCAGUGAGCAGCUGGACUGCAAGAGUGCAAAAUGUGAGUUCAUAAAAUGCAACCUCAAAGACGCCAAGCUUAAUACGGACUACUUUGUGAAAGUUAGAACGAGGAUCUGGAGUGGUACAUUUAUUUCGGCGUCCUAUCAGACUGUCGAGCUGACGUCCAGUGUUGAUGUUGAGACCUCCAACCCUGAUCUGGUCAUUAUCAACCUUAAAGAGCUGCCGGUGGUGUUGACAGUCAGUAAACCUGGAGAAAAGGGUGAUGUUCCAGUGGGAGUGAUAGUUGGUAGUGUCAUUGCUGGACUGCUACUGUUGGCUCUGGCUGUAGGACUGCUGUGGAAGUUUGGGUUUUUCAAGAGAAAGUACCAGCAGCUGCAGAAGGAGGCGGAUGACGACACGCAGAGCCGUGCACAUGUCGAUGAAGUGCUGUAAACUGAAUGAGGGGAAAAGCUGCAGCUUCCCUCGUCACUGGACUGUUUUCAGUGUGGAUACUGGUACUGGUCACUGGUUCUUUCAAAGUUGAAUGGACUAAAGCUCAAUCACUGGAAGUUUGGGCAUUUGGCAAUUUGAAGCUUUUUAGUUUGCAGAUAGCUGGUGUCUGAUCUUCUGCACAUUUUCUGGGAAUUAUUGUUUUUCUUUUUGUGCUUUGUUGACUGUAUGUGUUGACUGUGUGGUUUAUGCACUGACUUUGAAUGAAUGCAAACACUGAAUUUACCCCCAACCCCCCCCCAUCAUGGAUAACCAAACUCACCUGUUUUAUUUUUUGUUUUUUUGGGCCUAACAUGAAAUUGGAUGCAGAUGUUGUCAUCCUGACUCGAACACUGUAUACGUAUUUUGGUUGAGUUGUGUAUUGACUUCUGUUUGUCAAAUAUUGGACAACAUGAUUGGAAAAAAAUUUGUUUGAAAAAGAAGCAUUGACUUUU